AUGGAUCCUCCCAUAGCCCCUGCCCCCGUCGCAAGAAACGAUGUCCCUCUCAUGGCAGUCAAUCAUGAAGAUCGCCCAAGGCAAACACCCCACGGGCAACAGUCUGUCCACCGCCAAGUCCGCUACAAGGACAGGUUCCAAUCUCUCAGAGAACGCUAUGAUCAAGUAACAGCCAUGCACGAGGACUACGAAAGAGCCCUCAACGCCGCUUUUGAAAAGGAGCGAAAGCUUCAAUUUGAGAUCGACUCACUGCUCGAUGUCUGGGUCGUGAACGGCAACAUGCCCGUCGACUACUCGCCCUACGACCCACAGUAUCCGCGGCCUCAGCCCCAGCCAGCAUACUAUGCCGAGCACGCGCCACCAGCCGAGCACGCGCACUAUCACCCCAACGCCCAACCUCACGCGCACCCGCUCUCCCGUCCACGCCCCCCUCAGCACCAUCACCAGCCAUCGCACGUGCACCAGGCGCAACCACAGGCGCACCCUCACCCGCAUCCGUCCGCAUAUGCCAAUCCUCGGUACACGAACGGAAACGGGCACUCCUCCUCCUCUCUUCCCGUUGUCAUUCCGCUCCCUCCAUUUUUGCACGGAUCGUGA